UAGACAGGGGAGGAGAGGUGAGGUGAUUCAAAUGUCUCUUCCCCAUUAUAAAAUCAUCACACGAACUGCUGCAUCUAAUCUAAGCAUGCAUGCAUAAUUUCCUGUGUCGGUCUGUAAAUACUGAUUCAAAUGUCUUCCCUUCUCACCAAUGCUUUCCUUCCUCUGCUCCGAUCCUCUCACAAUCCGCGUCUCAACUUCAAACAACCCAAUUCUGCAUCUAAUAAGUGGAACGGAGUGGUUUGUUGUAGCGAUGAUGCCACAUUUGACGAGAGGCAAUCAGUGGACGUAAGAAACAGAGAAGGGGAAAGAGGAGUGAAUAAACUGGAGAGGGCUCUCAACUUCACGGGAGACAAGCCAACCACUCCCAUUCUCGACACCAUCAACUAUCCCAAUCACAUGAAAAAUCUCUCCAUCCAGGAGCUUCAAGAAUUGUCGGAUGAGGUUCGAGAAGAAAUAGUAUACACAGUAUCGAAAACAGGGGGGCACCUGAGUUCGAGUCUGGGCGUGGCAGAGCUGACGGUGGCACUUCACCAUGUAUUCAGUGCGCCAGAGGACAAGAUAAUUUGGGAUGUGGGUCAUCAGGCGUAUGCUCAUAAGAUGUUGACGGGUAGAAGGUCCAGAAUGCACACAAUCCGUAAAACAUUUGGCUUGGCUGGGUUUCCGAAGAGGGAGGAAAGUGCUUUUGAUGCCUUCGGAGCUGGCCAUAGUUCUACCAGCAUUUCUGCUGGAUUAGGAAUGGCCGUAGCUAGAGACAUACUAGGAAAAAACAACCACGUAGUGUCAGUUAUAGGCGAUGGAGCCAUGACUGGGGGAAUGGCAUACGAGGCACUGAACAACGCCGGUUUCCUAGACUCAAAUCUCAUCAUCAUCUUGAACGACAACAGACAAGUUUCUUUGCCCACUGCCACCAUCGAUGGUCCCGCUCCUGCUGUCGGCGCUCUAAGCAAUGCACUCACUAGGCUCCAAGCCAGUAAAAAGUUUCGACAACUGCGUGAAGCAGCGAAGGGGUUGACGAAGCAGAUGGGGGGACAGGCGCAUGAAAUUGCAGCGAAAUUAGACCACUGCAUGAAAGGAAUUGUGGGAGGAUCGGGGGCGUCGUUAUUCGAAGAGCUUGGAAUAUAUUAUAUAGGUCCAGUGGAUGGGCAUGAUGUGGAAGAUCUUGUGUAUGUAUUGAAGCAAGUGAAGUCUAUGCCUGCGCCUGGGCCUGUUCUUAUUCAUGUCGUCACAGAAAAGGGCAAAGGCUAUCCACCUGCGGAGAUUGCAGCCGACAAAAUGCACGGAGUAGUGGAAUUUGAUCCAAGAACAGGGAAACAGAUAAAGAAGAAGACGGAAACUCUUUCCUACACGCAAUACUUCGCAGAUUCAUUGAUAGCAGAAGCUGAGAGAGACGACAAAAUCAUAGCCAUUCAUGCUGCCAUGGGAGGUGGCACUGGUCUCAACUAUUUCCAGAAACGAUUUCCCGAUCGUUGCUUCGACGUUGGAAUCGCCGAGCAACAUGCCGUUACCUUUGCUGCUGGCCUCGCCGCCGAAGGCCUCAAGCCUUUUUGCGCCAUUUACUCCUCUUUUCUUCAAAGAGGCUAUGAUCAGGUGGCUCAUGAUGUAGAUCUACAAAAGCUGCCUGUGAGGUUUGCAAUAGACAGAGCAGGGUUAGUGGGUGCGGAUGGGCCGACCCAUUGCGGAGCAUUUGACACAACGUUCAUGGCAUGUUUACCAAAUAUGGUGGUCAUGGCUCCUUCAAACGAGACGGAGCUAAUGAACAUGGUGGCCACGGCUGCCGCCAUCGACGAUAGACCCAGCUGCUUCAGGUACCCAAGAGGAAAUGGGGUUGGCUCUGUUCUUCCCCUGCACAACAAAGGCACUCCAUUGGAGGUGGGGAAGGGAAGGAUUUUAAGAGAAGGAAACAGAGUGGCCAUUUUGGGAUAUGGAAGUAUAGUACAAAGAUGCAUGGCGGCGGCGGAGGUGCUUCAACAAUACGGCAUUGAAAUAACAGUGGCGGAUGCCCGAUUUUGCAAACCUUUAGAUGGAGAAUUGGUGAAGCAAUUGGCAAGACAUCACGAGAUACUCCUCACGGUUGAAGAAGGAUCCAUUGGAGGGUUUAGCUCUCACGUUUCCCAUUUUCUGGGAUUAAAUGGAUUGCUUGAUGGAAAUCUGAAGUGGAGGGCAGUGAUGCUUCCUGAUAGAUACAUCGACCAUGGAUCACAGAUGGACCAAACCCAAGAAGCAGGGCUGAGUUCGAAGGACAUAGCGGCCACUGUUUUAUCACUCAUAGGGAAAGGCAAAGACAGCUUUCAACUCGUAAACUUAUAGACAAUAUUGUUGAAGAAUAAUAAUAAUCAUGAUUAAGUAGCGCCUGGUUCAUCUCGAUUGCUUGUAUUUGUAGUUACUUAGUGUAUAUAUAUAGUUAUAUAGUCAUUCCUU